CGAGAGAGAGCCUGGCACACCAAUCCUGAGGUUUCUGGAUGGCAGAUAAUUCAACCUUUCUUUUCUUGAGUUUUCUACUCUGCUGUUAUCUUCCACUCAUUCCUGCUUCAUUUUGUGAUUCACUGAUAGAAAAGAAAGUGGAGUGGAAUAAAAUCCCCCCUGAUACAGUCCAAUUGUACAUUAAUGGCUGCCAUGUGAACAGCAUCCAAUACAAAGAAAGCCAUCUCUCAAAACUAAGUCUACUUAUUCUCACCUCUAGGUGCCUCAGGACUUUGCCGGAUAAUGUUUUCUCUGAUCUGAAAAAUAAAUGCCUAGAAAAGCUUCCAAACUCGUUUUUGAACGGUACUAGGCUGCAAGGAAUUACAUCUGUCUGUACCUGUGAGUUUAUUACUGACAACCCCAAACCACUGAACAGCACUGUUUGUGCAGCAAUGUUGAAAAGCUGUGGACACACUUCAGUGGCCGUUCCUCUGGGCAUUUCCCUUCUAGUUCUCUUGGUGGUCGGUGGGAUUGGGUGCUUUUGGUACUGGAAACACCGUAACACCACCAGAUUUACUUUACCGAGGUUUUUGCAGAGGAGAAACAGCAGGAAAAAAGACUUUGCAAAAACACUCUGCUUGAGUCCCCACAUUAUUGGCUCAAGGCCUAAAAUCUCAGUUGAAACCCAAAGCCACAGAUCUUCUGUCAGGGGAACUAGGAUGCAGGCCAACUAUGAAAAUGUGGAAAUGGGGCCUCCCAAGGCUAACAAAGAAACUAACAAGGUACUCUAUGAAAACACUCAACAGACCAAUUUCAGAGAGCACGUGUAUGGAAAUGAGACUUUCUGUGACUAUUAUAACUUCCAGAAACCUGCUGCCUCUGGAGCUCAAGAUGAAGAUAUCUACAUUCUUCCUGACUCUAAUUAACUUUUAAAAUACUGAGUUUCUGUGUUGGAAGACAAAUGUGCAUGGGGACAUCAAUGGUGCUGAUGUUCUUGUUGACCAAGUUCUUCUCAUGAAAUCAGUAGUCUCUCUACGUCCACCCCCAUGGAUUCUGCCUACGUGCAUGAGUGUAGAUUCAUUCUCUAUAUCCUCUCUUCCCUUCUUCUUGGAUUAAAUCUUUACCAUGUAUAUUGAUUUUUCCUUCUAAAUAUUACCUGUUAUGUCCUUUCUUUGUUUCUACUUCCACCAUCUUUUUCUGAUUCGAGAUUAUUGUCAUGGUCUCCUUAUGGGUCUUUCUGUCUCUACCCACUCAGUCAAUUGCCCUUGAUGCUGCCAGACUUAUCUCCAGAAAACACUCCCGUUGACCACAUUACUCCUUUGCUGAAAGCCUCUUAAUGCUGCACUUUACAAAAGACACAAUGCUCAUCAUUCCAACUCCUGCAUCGUGGUUUUUUUUAAUAGUUGAUUCCAACUUAAUUUUCCAUAUGACAUCUUCUACUUAACCCUAAUUUCUUUGCAUCUAUCAGAAUCAUCUCAAAACCUGCCAACCUCAUUUCUUCCAUGGCUCUCACUGUCCUGCCUCAGAUUAUAACUUCUUCCACAAAUCUUGUGAGUUAUCUCAAAGCUACAUUUACCCUUUUAUUUUCUAACAUCCUAUAGGUUUUGCUGCUUGCUCUAUUCUUUUGGCAUUAAAAAAUGAAUAUGCAUAUGAAUGUUUGCUAUGGUAUUUUAUUACUUACAGUCACAAGUGAAUAUCUCAAAUUCCCACUCAAUGGAGGGUAACUGCCUCAUGUUCAUAUCUUAGCCCCACUGCCAUUAUAUGAGGCACUAAUUAUUUGUUCACUUGACAAGAAUUGAAUUGUAUUUUUU